AUGAAAACGCAAUUUAUCGUUGUCCUCGCCCUCUGUGGCUUCAGUUCUUCGAGGGGAUAUAAAAUUGGAGCUGUUUUGCGAGAAAAAGAAGAUGCACAUAUUGCUGCCGCCAUACAGUAUACCGUCGAAUGGCUCAAUCAACGAGGGAUAUAUGGCGAAGUCGAGUAUCUUAUUGAUUAUUUGGACGAUAUCGAUCACUACGAUGCCCUCAAAAAAGCAUGUUCAAUGUUCGAGCGAGAUAAAGUGAUCGCACUUAUCGGAAAUUCACAUGCACUACUGAACGCUCAGCUGGAGAGAUUGACGGAUCAGCUGGAUAUACCAUUAUUGACUGCAUUAGACGAUGUCGAACGCAACAAUGGCAACACAAAGAUUGCGUUUUUCCCACGGGCACAACUUUUUGAAGCCAUGGUCGAUUUGUUUCAACAUUGGCGUUGGAAUCGUAUCACUAUCGUCUAUCAACAAGACGAAAGAAUUCGACGGCUUGAGCCGCUACUGACCAGCGAUGCUUAUUCGAGUAUUCGUUUCCAAGUGAUUAAGGUGCAACGAAGCGAUUAUAUGAGAGCUGCUAAGGAGGUGAAAGAAAUGGAAGAGUGCAGGUAUCAAGCUCGAAAAGACUGCUCAGAUUUCAGCCGAGUGUUACUGGAUCUGAAUCCUGAACAUACAUACAAUUUCCUAUUAGCGGCACUCCAAAUGGGACUAAUCGAUGUAAAACAUUGGUUUUUACUAACAAACAUGGAACUUUCCUCAAUGAACAUGGAAUUGUUUCGUUAUAAUCAUGCUCGUUUUGUCUCACCUUACCCAGUCGAUCCGACGUUUUUGUUGGAAAACAAACACAUAUUCAAUUUCACACAAUUUCAACAACAUGUGCAACAGAAAUGGAAUACAAAGACUGGUUUCAGCAAAAAUUUGAAAAUGAUGGAAGCAAUCUUCACAUUUGAUGCUAUCUACACCUUCGCAAAUACGUAUACAGAUGUAUCGGCUACAAUGAUGCUUGAUGAUCUACCGCUCACUGCUUGCCGAAAGCCUACACGAAGUGCCAGAAGAUACCAGCAUGGUCGAACACUUAUAGAUCAUAUUAUGGACAAUAAACUUCGUGGUAUAAGUGGAGAUCUGCGUCGACUCCAUGGAAACCCAGCAAAAAGCAACUUUUCGAUGAGAAUACAAUUGCUUGGCUACAGUGGGAAGCUGGAAGAUAUUGGCUUCUGGGAACCAGCUACGGAAGUCCACGUUAACAUGAGUAGUGAUUCCACUGAGCAAUUGAGAACGAAUGUGCAAGUGUCCGAUGAGUUGAAGCCACAUUUUCGUGUCACGACCAUCAUGGAAAGGCCAUAUGUUAUGUUGAGGAAAAAUCAUUACGAACUCUAUGGGAAUUCAAAGUUUGAAGGAUUUUGCAUUGAUCUGCUGGCUGAACUGUCAAGAGAUCUUGGCUUCACCUACACCAUACACGCUGUGCGCGAUGGUAAAUAUGGUAAUGACGUUUAUGGCAAUGGCACAUGGGAUGGAAUGAUUGGAGAAAUUCUUCGAGGGGAAGCCGAAAUGGCAGUCGCACCCUUGACUGUGAAUUUCCGUCGAUCAGAAGUGGUUGAAUUUACAAAGCCUUUUCUAUCUCUUGGGAUUAGCAUUCUCUACAGGGUCCCUGAUGAUCACCAACCCGAUUUGUUCUCGUUCCUCAACCCACUUUCAUGGGAGAUUUGGAUGGCUAUACUCUCCGCUAUAGUAUGCGUUACUCUUGCCAUGUAUAUCGUAUCAAGAGUAACCCCAUAUGAAUGGAAUUUGAACUUUUCCUGCUGCACAGCACAUCAGCCACAUCCGGGAGCUGCAUUUGUGGAUUCACCCGUGGAGUUGUCGAAUAAUUACAGUUUUUGGAACACUCUAUGGUAUGUCACGAGCACAAUGCUAAAAGGUGGAUGCGAUUUUGGACCUCGUGCUGUGUCGACGAGAUUACUGGGUGGAACCUGGUGGGUGUUCACCCUCGUCAUCAUUAGUGCUUAUACGGCAAAUCUGGCUGCUGUGCUUACCGUAUCGCGUCCUUUCAUUCCAAUCAAGAACCUAGACGAUCUUGCCAAUCAAACAACAAUUUCAUAUGGCACCAUCAAAGGCGGCAGCACUAUGCAAUUUUUCCAGGAGUCAAGGAUCGGUUCGCAUGUAAAAAUGUGGGAAUAUAUGAAAAAUCGCAACGUUUUCGUGAAAGAUAACCGAGAAGGGGUUGAGAAGGUGGUGAGUAAAAACUACGCAUACCUCAUGGAGUCAACUUCGCUUGAAUUUGAAGUUUCGCAAAACUGCAAUCUCACACAAAUUGGUGGUGUUCUUGGCUCAAAGGGUUAUGGUAUUGCACUGCAGAAAAGAUCACUUUGGACGGAUAGGAUUUCUCGACAAAUAUUACUUUACCAAAAGCGUGGAAUUAUCGAAAUGAAAAAAGCAAAAUGGUGGAGGAGCAAAGGAGCGACAUGCUCAGGAACUGGCUCGGCUGUCAAACAACAACGUUUCUCACUAAGUUUGCAUAACGUGGCCGGAUUGUUCAUCAUUUUGGGAGCAGGUCUACUUUUCGGUUUCUGUACCGUGAUAAUCGAACUAUUUAUCAGAUGUAGUCAACUGGCCAGAAAGGAGAAUAUCACAUUCUGGGCGGAGCUUGUCAAGGAGCUGAGGUUUGCGCUAAAUCUCAACAAAGUCGAAGAACAUCAUUCACGUAUGAAGAGCCAGAGGGAAAACGGUGCAAGUUCAACCGAAAGCCUACAGUAUACCGCGCAGCUGGCGCAUAACGGAAAUACGUCGUUGAUGCGGAGGAAAAAUUAG